CCACUGUCUCCACCGUUUCAAGCUUCACGAUAUCGCGCAAAGUCCUGGCUGGCCAAGCUUCGUGUCGGCGGCGACGCCCCUCCAGUUGACAGGAUGACUGCCCCGGACAACAAGCAGGGCUUUCUUUCCAAUCUAUCACCAUGGCCAUCGCGGGCAGGUACGCCCAAGCCUCCGGCGCCCGAGGGAAGUGCGGAUAAGGCCAAGAAGAUGGAGCAGGAGAGGGACAAGGACAGAGCUGCAGCAAUACUGGCUGCUCAGCAAGGAGGAGACCAUGUGAUUGAUCGGAGACACAGGCUGAGUCUCAAGCGCUACCCCCCAGACUGUCCUCCGCUGGCUGUGAGGUGGUUCCAUGCUAUAGAUACACCCAAGCGCAAACCACUUUCGAAGCAUGCCAUGGCCCCCGAUACCGCCUUGCCCAAACCUAAGAAGUGGAUACCCUUCGGUGCCGGAGACUCUCGCGCCAUUGAGGCCGCCUUCCAGAAGACUGCCGACGAAGCCGAUGCCGACGAACUGAGAAGAGGCAUUGCUAGUCCUACUACGCCUACCCAAUCCAACAACACACCUCCCAAAACCACAAAGGUGCCCGUCAACGAGGACUAUCUGUUCGAUGUCGAGAUCGAGACACGCGAGUUGGCACCAUCAUACUGGCUGGGUCCUGUUUACGACGUCAAGCGAGGGACAUGGUUCACACCAGACGGGGAGGCCGUCGACGAAGGUCUAGCUAUGCAACUAGAGGAGGGAUAUCUCAAAGUGAAGCCGUGGAAGUUUGGAAAGCCAGAUGAGAAGCGAGCAGUAUCGCAGCCUCGUGCUCGGCCACUUUCCAUGGGUCCGAGUGCUGGCGAUGACCACCGCAAGGAGCUGGCUAGGCUGAAUCGCGACUCAACGUCAAAUCCAGUUACACCCAAGUCAUCGUACGACAGUCUGCGGAAAGAAGCCUCGAAACAAUCAAACGAUUCGAAACUAGGCGAUGCAUCUGCAGCCUCCAAUGCGCCUGCCGACUUGCCGCGGACGCAUAGGCUCUUUGGCGCCCACCUGAACUCCACUGUCACAUACCAGGACGAGACGACAGCGUGGAUGUUGACCGAUGACAUGUGGUCUCGCAUGGGCAGUACGUUGUACCAGCGCUUCGCCGGAGGAGCGCACUAUGCUGGAUACAAGUACAUCCGUGGAUACACCGAUCCCAAAGAGAAGAAGAAGCAGCCAACUCCUGCCAAGGGUCCCCAAAGCGCAAAGCAGAUGGACCGACCUUCAACGCCUGCGCUAGCAUACGGUUCAGAUCAUGGCAAUUCUGACGUCAACACCGAUGGAGAGAACUCAGAGAACGAGCGAAGCAUGUCGCCCUCCCAAACACGCAGACGCAACCUGGAAAGGCAGGUGUCAUCGCUCAUGACAUCCUCAAAGCCAGAAUAUGAGCAACAACAGGAAGAGGAGAUGCGAAAGCGUGAGGAGAAAGAGAUGCGUGAAGAUUACAAAACACAGCAUGGCAGUGAUCAAGAUCGUGAAAUUGAGCAUCUGCUCCUAGUAACGCAUGGUAUUGGACAGCGCCUUGGAAUGCGAAUGGAGUCCAUCAACUUCAUUCACGACGUGAAUACUAUGCGCAAGUCCCUCAAAUCUGUAUACGCAGCUUCGCCUGACCUCCAGGCCUUGAAUGCGGAGACGGAGUCGGAGAGCAAGAACAAUCGCAUCCAAGUCAUCCCUAUUAUCUGGAGACACCUGCUGGACUUUCCCAAGCAAAGUUUGAAGCACAACCGCAAAGAACACGACUUGGGCGACCUCGAUCACGAAGAUGAAGAGUACCCCAAUCUCGAAGAUAUAACCGUUGAAGGCGUACCUGCUGUCCGCAAUUUCCUUACUGAUCUGGCGCUUGAUAUUCUACUAUACCAAAGUCCUGCAUACAAAGGUCAUAUCUCUCGAAUCGUUGUGAACGAGCUAAACCGCACUUACCGGCUAUUCAAGGAGCGAAAUCCGUCUUUCAAGGGAAAAGUGAGUUUGGUUGGGCAUUCUCUCGGGUCUGCUAUCAUGUUCGAUAUUCUUUGCAUACAGAAAGACCCAAGAGCCAAGCCAAGCUCGCAGUCGAUCAAGCAACGAAGGUCUACUGAAGAGGGCUUGAAGCUGGACUUUGAGGUGGAAGACUUUUAUGCUCUUGGCUCACCCAUUGGGCUGUUCCAGAUGUUGAAGGGACGAACGAUAGUCGGAAGACCGCAGACUUCUGCUACCGCGUUUGUGCCGCCGAAGACACCGGCUACAUCUAUCGAUGAUCCAUUUUCGCAAGGUGGAGAUGAACAUGCAUUUGACAUUACGACAUCCUCACCUCUUUGCAAGCAGGUCUUCAACAUCUUCCAUCCGACUGAUCCGAUAAGUUAUCGCAUUGAGCCUUUGAUCUCACCAGCUAUGUCAGCGCUCAAAGCCCAGCCUUUGCCAUAUACCAAGAAAGGCAUCUUCGGUGCGCCAGCGUCUCAAGGCUUCACCGGCAUUGGUCAACGAGUUGGUCAGGGCGUGACUGACUUUUGGACUUCUCUUGGAUCAGGCAUUGCUAGUGGACUGCUCAACCGCAGUCUCGGUAUAUCAGGAACAGAAAUGACAGGCGCAGGCAACAGUACACAAGGACAACGUAGUUCUCGCCCACUUAGCGCCGCCGCACCUCCUUCGAGCAACGCCGCGAAUCUCGUCCCAGGCCUCAAUGAGCCCACCAGCGCCUUCAUUAGCGAAGAACGUCGUCGCCGCCUUGGACAAGAAACCAUCGCCGAAGGUGAAGACGGCGAGCAUCCUCCCACUCUCAUCGAAGGCGACAUAGAGACCCUCUUCGCCGGCUUCCAGAAGCGAAGAAAGAGCCAGCAGAGUGAAGACGGCGAGCGAGACGUUGAAAAGGACCUUGAAUGGCAGGAGCUAGAAGAACGAAGCCGGAAACUCAAGAAGGAGGAACAGAAAGUGCGCGCGCUGAAUAGCAACGGUCGUGUGGACUAUAGUAUUCAAGAAGGCGCUUUCGACAUCUCGCUGCUGGCCAGUAUAGCGAGUCAUAUGACGUAUUGGGCUGACGAGGAUGUGUCACAUUUCAUGAUUUCACAACUAUUGGCAAGGCAUCGUGUGUUCAAGCCCAAGGAGUGAUUGGUAGUUGAAGAGUAGGCAAUAGAUUGGCGAUAUACCCAGAAUAGAUCUCAGACAUGUUUCAAUGACGGAUGUUGGAUGUGAGUAUGAGCUCUUGCACCUUCCC